GGGUCGAGCUGGGGAGAAGCAUCCACAGGCCAGUGUGCGGGUAGACGCCGGAGGAGCAGGGUGUAUGCUGCUCGCUCCUCGUGCCUCAUGUCCAUGUGAUUGAUCUGUUUUCAUCUUUCUUGAAAACAAUCAACAAAAGUGAGUGUUGUGUAUGGUCGCGUUGGAGUGUCCGUGAGACGUGCAAGAAUUCUGACGUGAAAUGAGACGAUGCAAUAUGAGUUUUAAAGAGAUUAUCACAUGUGCACAAUAGUUCCAGUUUUUCUCCGCGGACAAGCGCUAACAAGAAAAUCUUAUUUAAAUUGUACUGGAACUGUACUAAAAGGUGUCAUGUGAAGGCAGUGCAGGAACCACGCAGUUUUCACUUGAAUGUGUUUGUGAUGGCGAGAGAAGCUUGAGGAGGCGAGGUGGUGGACGGUCGGUCGCUGUGCCGAGAGGUUCAGCUACACACACACACACACACACACCACACUCAAACACCACACACACAAACACUACUCCUUCCUACGUAGAAACCACCCCUAUCCCUCUACACAUACACUUUACUCCACCCUUCAACUCCCUCAUCCCUCUCCCUACAACCCCCCAACCCACUCCUGCGUCCAUUCUACCUAUCCCACUGUCACCCAUCCCUCCCUCACCCACCAAACAUGGAGCUGCUCACCACGAAGAUCAUCGCCCUGACGCUGAUGGGGGCGUUAUCACUGGUGUUCGGGCUACUGCCCCUUCGCCUGAGGAAGUGCCUGGCGCAGGGCAGCAGGAGAAGGGAGAGAACUGUCAGCUGCCUCCUGUGCUUCGGCGGGGGCGUCCUCCUGGCCACCGUCUUCACCCACAUGCUGCCAGAGACGAGGGAGAGCUUCAGCAAAGCCUUCCAAAAGAAGCUUCUGAGCGCCGGGGCUCACUACCCUCUGGCGGAACUGGUCACCUGCGCUGGCUUCUUUCUCAUUUACUUCGUCGAAGAGUUUGUCCACAAGAUCUUCUUGCGCCGCGACUCACGCCACGCUCGCAAGUUGACUAAAUUGGCAGCGGCCAUUGAAGAGGAGACUAACAACCCAACCAGUGCCGCCCCCAAUCACCACCACCACCAUCACCACAACGGUACUAGCCACCAUCACCACCAUCACCACCACCUCCCGCACGCCCACAUUAAUGGCCAGCUCGACCAUAAGGAGACUUCUGGCAAGCAACUGGUGGACGACCAAGGAGACAAGCAGCUGCAGGAGUCUGCUCGGUGUUCCGUGUACUCAGUGACGGCGUCCGGGACAUCGGUGGAGAGCAAGGGGAAGCCAGGAGUUCUCUCCCCCAAGAGUCGCUGGGCGGAGACCGGCGUGGAUAAUCCGGUCUUCGCUGGUGACUUCGACGCGGCUGCCUGGAACCCGGCACUCAAGGAGGCCAUCAUCAGUGGCACUCAGGUGACCCCGUCAGAGCUCCAGGGAACGGGUCGGGGGCCCGUCGUGGCCCCUGAGGCGCCACAAGGGGGCCACCAUCACCAUGGGGGGCACCAGCAUGCGGGCCAUGGCCACUCCCACCUGGGCAUCUCUAAGCUGGGCAGCAAGGGCAUCGCUUUCAACUUGCGUUCCCUCCUGGUCAUCCUCGCACUCUCCUUCCACUCCGUCUUUGAGGGGCUGGCUGUCGGCCUGCAGGAGAAUGACACGGACGUGUGGUACCUGCUGCUGGCCAUCUGCGCUCACAAGUUCGUCAUCGCCUUCUGUGUGGGACUGGAGCUGCUGGCUGGAGGCACAUCGGCCGGCCUGAUGGUGGUGUACAUGGUAGUCUUCGCUCUCGUCUCCCCGCUAGGCAUCGCUAUUGGCAUCGUCGUGACGGAGAAUUUGUCGUCGGAGGAAGAGGGCCACCUUGUCGCAGUCACCAUCCUGCAGGGUCUGGCAGGAGGGACUAUUCUCUACGUGACCUUCUUCGAGGUGCUGGAGCGUGAGCGUGGUCGAGGGGGCGGCCGCAUCUUGAAGUUCCUAUUUGUCUUGAUGGGCUUCGGGGCCAUGGCGUCGCUGGAGGCCAUAGGAGGCCAUAGCCACGGCCCUAGCGAAGGCGAUUGCCACGGGCACAGCCAUGGUGACAUAUUAGCCACCACGACGUCGUCAACAACGGAUGACCACGACCACGAUCACCACGACCACGACCACCACGACCACGACCACCACGACCACGAACAUACACACUAGUGAAUGAUGGUGACUACAGUGGUGCUGUAUUACGACAACGGCAGUUCCCAUUUUUCCAGGAAGCCGGAGUUCCCUUUCCAGUAGUCGCUAGUGGCCAGGAGCAGCAGCAGCAACGGCCACCACAGUACAGUUCCUUAGGCGUCAGCGGCACUGGCUGUGGUAAGAGAAGCUACCACACACGACAGCUACCACCACAGCUCAUACAAAUAUGACCACAAAACACACGCACAACGGCCAAGACCUUGGAGACGACGUUGUCGUAAAGCAACCUUUGUUGCUCAUUAAGCAACAAAGGUCCACAGACUUAUUUUCCGCCUUGUUUUAGAUUCCCAAUUGCAGUUCUCUUCUCUUGCCUAAAUCUGAAGCUUCCAAGACUGCCUUCCACUUAAAAAUAUAAUGGAAUAUACUGCUCCCAUUUGGAGUAUAAUGGAGAAUACUGAUCCAAGAUGGAGUAUAAUGGCGUAUGUAUUUUUCCAGUAUGUAUAUAAUGGAAUACGCACUUUCCAGUUCCACCGCUUUACAACCAAUUCCCGAAUAAUUGUGACUUUGUUUUCUACCCUUAGCAAAGUGGACGAU